AUAGUCAGUCUACGCCAGCCCCGCCCACCCAUCAUUUUCCUUUCUUUUCUUUUCUUUUCUUUUCUUUUAAUCCCAUCCUCGGCUAAUUAUUAUUACAUGGAUGAUUUCCCAUCCGAUGUGCCCCAAACCCAAAGUCACCAACCCCCCUACCCCCCUACACCCGUAGGACACCUACUCCAUCACCACCCUUCCCCCCCAAUCCUUUUGGGUCAUGGCCAACCACCGCCCCCCUCCUCCUCCUCCUCCUCCUCCACCAUCCCCCAUGAUGAGCCGCCACCGCCACCGGCCGCGUCGCCAACCCUCCUAUCCCUCGGCGGCCCGUCGGGCCACUCCACACCCCCCAACACUCCCAAAGGACACUCCAAUUAUCGGGGCGUCCGGGCGCGGAGCGGGAAGUGGGUGUCGGAGAUACGCGAGCCACGUAAAACUACGCGCAUAUGGCUCGGAACGUACCCGACUCCCGAGAUGGCAGCCGCCGCCUACGACGUGGCCGCUCUUGCCUUGAAGGGCCCUGAUACGACCCUCAACUUCCCAAACUUGAUCCUGUCGUACCCGAUUCCCGCUUCCUCCUCUGCGGGCGACAUUCGGAGUGCGGCCUCCAGUGCGGCAGCCUCGCGAAGGGUGAAACCGGAGGGCGGGGAGGGUCCGGAGCCCGGCGGAGCGGCGGAGAAUGCGGUUGCAGCCGCAGGCACGGAAUGCGCGUCGGGAGAGGAGUUCAUCGACGAGGAGGCGCUUUUCGACAUGCCGAAUUUGCUGGUGGACAUGGCGGAAGGAAUGCUGGUGAGCCCGCCAAGGAUUGAGUCGUCGCCCUCUGGAGAUGAUUCGCCGGCGAAUUCCGAGGGAGAGAGCCUCUGGAACUAUGAUUAAUUGAUGAGCCGAGUUGAGGUCUGAGUACUAGUCCACGUGCGUUCAUCUAUCAAUCAAUAGAAGAAGACCUGCUCCUGCCAAGCCAAAAAGAUAAGAAGAAGAAGAGAACCGCUAGAAGCCUAGAAAUAUUGGCAGCAAAUUUUAUAUAUCCAAAAAUUUUAUAUAUAUAUAUAUAUAUAUAUAUAUAUAUAAGAAAACAUAGUGACGAGUGGUCAACCCUUGGUGUGUUGGAUUUCGGGGACGAUGAGGUAUGCUUAGAAUCUACUUAGCUUUUCUUUUUGCAGGGCUAGGUACUUGAUUACUAGGUAAAUUAUCAGUAUUAAUGUACAUAUAUAAAUUAGAGCGUGAUGUCAUCCUUAGUCUUUUAUAAUAUAUAUUUUAAAUAUAUUUAUAUUGCA